AUGUCCGCACCGGCAGCCAAUGGGCCUUAUACACUUCCGCUCAUCUUCAAUGGCAAAGACUACUAUACGGAGAAAACAUUCGAUGUGAUUUCUCCGAGUACUGCAAAAAUCCUAUACAGGUCCAGCGCCGUGUCCGUCGCCGACUCCAAUAAAGCUGUGGAGCUGGCCGCUGAGGCCUUGAAGUCAUGGCGCAACACAACACCAGCGCAGCGGCGCGACAUUAUGUUGAAGGCUGCAGACAACAUGGCCAGGCGCAGUGAUGAGCUUGUCAAUUUGAUGUCCACAGAUACGGGAACUACAGACGAAUGGAGCAAAAUUAAUGUCGACGCUGGAGUCGAUAUGAUCAAAGCUUGUGCUGGCCUGAUUCCUACUCUGGAAGGCACGUUUCCGACACUGAACGACCCAGACAUGAGUGGCAUAAUGAUCAAGGAGCCUUAUGGCGUGGUGUUUGCCAUUGCCCCAUGGAACUCCCCCUAUGUCCUUGGGACGCGAUCGAUUGCGUUCCCUCUUGCCGCAGGCAACACCGUCGUCUUCAAGGGCUCCGAGCUGUCACCUCGCACAAUGUGGGGUAUCGCAUCUUGCUUCCAGGAAGCAGGGCUGCCUGAUGGUGUCCUGAACUUUAUCGUACACGCGCCAGGCGAUGGCGCGGAGAUCACCAGCGCCAUUAUUUCGCACCCCGAGGUCAAGAAGAUCAACUUUACGGGUAGUACUAACGUGGGACGAGUCAUUGGUAGACUUGCGGGAGACUACACUAAGCCCGUGAUCCUUGAACUUGGCGGCAAAGCACCGGCUAUCGUCUGGGAAGAUGCUGAUAUCGAGCUGGCUGCCUUCCACUGCGCCCUGGGUGCUUUCAUGAAUUCCGGUCAGAUUUGCAUGAGCACUGAGAAGAUUAUCGUGCACAAGUCUAUCAAGAGCAAGUUUGCAAAGGCGCUUGUUGUCGCUGUUGCCAAAAGAUACCCCGGGAGCGAUGAUGCACCGGUUCUCAUCAACUCCGCGGCCGUCAAGAAGAACAAGGCGCUUGUGGAAAAUGCGCAGGGGAAGGGUGGAAAUCUACUGACCGGUAACCCAAGUGCCGAAGAGUCAACGGCCACGCGACUUCGACCAAUCGUCGUCGACAAUGUCACGACUGACAUGGACAUCUACAACCAAGAGUCCUUUGGCCCUACGGUCUCUCUCCUUGAGGUCGACACAGAAGAGGAGGCCCUCCGUCUCGCGAACGAUACUGAGUAUGGUCUCAGCUCCUCGGUGUAUACCGAGAAUCUCAGAACUGGGUUGCGCUUUGCUCGACAGAUUGAGGCCGGUGCAGUCCAUAUAAACGCGCAAACUGUUCAUGAUGAGCCCUGUCUCCCGCAUGGAGGUGUUAAAGGAAGCGGAUACGGUCGAUUCAAUGGUGUAAGGGGCUUGGAUGAGUGGGUGAGGACAAAGAACAUUACAUUCAGGAAGUAA